GCUGAGGAAGCGGGAGGGAAGAGCCGACUGAGCGGCUGAAGGAUUAUUAUUUCCCUCGCGAUGGCGAGGAGGUGCACAGGGACAAUGUAGUAGGUUUUCGCCGACAGGGACUCAAUCAUGCAGUUUUACUUUACAGCAGGGUGGGCUCGAAGAAGACGUGUUUGUUUCACUUUCAGACAGUAUUAUCUAAGCCGUCUGUGAAUGUGGAGGUGUUUCACUUUCAGGCGGGCUCGGUUCACCGCCUGCGCAUUCGGCCAAGCUUUUCUAGCAGGACACCUACCAAAGUUUCCGGGUACUCGUUCCGGCGUAGCACCCUGCUCCUAUCAGUGGGUCUGUUUCGUGUAGAAAUGUGCUUGGUGACGACCGCAGUUUUGUUAGUCGCGAAGCAUGGUGCUCCUCCUGUUCUUAUGAUUACAGAUUUGACUGGAGUGCUUGGGGCCGUGAUUAUCGCGUGUUUCUCUCCCAUGCGCGAUUAACAAAAGCAAUCAUCUCUACAGGCAAGCCACGGUGGACCUCACAGAUUUCAACAAGGGAAAUGUGGUCACCCAAACCGUGGCGUGAUCGCGACAGCGUCUCGAUAGAGGCUCUGUCGGACAGCGACUCUGAAGAGGAAGACUUUCCGGACGAGAGUUCCAAAUCUCUCGGAGAAUACAUUACGCAAGGUUUGAAGCAACUUCUUGAUGCUCAGCAACUUUGUGAUGUUACUUUAGUAGUAGAUGGCAAGAAAUUUAUGUGUCACAGGGUUCUGUUGGCCUCAGUUAGCCCCUACUUUCGUGCAAUGUUCACAAGCCCAUUGGCAGAGUCUCGCCUUACUGAGAUCCGACUACAGGAGGUGACACCUGAGGUGGUUCAGUCAGUAAUUCACUUUGUGUACACUGGAGAGGCAAGGCUUAGUCCUGACACAGCAGAGGAUCUCUUUGUUGCAGCCAAUCGGCUUCAGGUCCUACCAUUGCAAGACUUGUGCUCUAGGUUCCUUUUUGAACACCUCUCCCUUGAGAACUGUCUGGGCAUGUAUGUGUUGGCCCGCUCUCAUCAUGAUCCAUUGCUUCUGCGUGCCUCCUUGCGCCUUGUAGCUCAAAACUUUCCACGUGUUUCUCGGCAGAAGGACUUUUUACUUUUGGAUCCUGGCACACUUGGCAGCCUUCUGUCUUCAGAUCGCUUGGGUGUAGAAUCUGAACUAGAAGUUUAUGAUGCAGCUCGGCGCUGGGCUGAGCACCACCCAGAGCAGCGGUACCAGUAUAUGCCCUCCUUACUACGUCAUCUCCGUCUUGGCCUGUUGAAUGUAGAUGAGCAACAGUGGGUUAAGGAGGAGUUGGGAGGUGUUCUUUGUGGUGGAGAUGCUAUGAAGCAAAUAGCCAUGCGUCCCCGAGAAGGAAUGUUUGAAAAGAAGAUUGUGUGCAUUGAUAUAAAGCCCAGGGAAGACCCAAACCUGACUGAUGGAGACUAUAAUGUGGACUGCUUUGAUCCUCAGUCUGGCAAGUGGGAGAAGCUUGCAGCUCUCAAGUCUUUAAUGUGCCCUGGUUGCACUGCCAUGGGAGACCGACUUUUUGUCGCAGGUGGCUUACUAAAAAGUGGAGAAGUGUCUGAUACUGUGCAUGAGUAUGAUCCUGUGGCAGACCGCUGGACAGAGAGACCCUCGAUGUCUGUUCCACGAACAAUGCAUGGCUUUCUUGGCUGCAGUGCUGUAGGAAAACUAUUUGCACUGGGAGGUUGUAAUCGAAGCUCUUUUCUGGACUCAACUGAGUGCUUUGACCUCCAGAACAACUCUUGGGCUACAGGGUCCAAAAUGCCCCUGCCGUUGCGCUCAUUUGCCUCUGCAUCUUUGCGGGGCAGACUGUAUCUGCUGGGUGGCACAACAUUUGAUCAGACACGAGCUGUAGUGCACCAUGGAGUGCUAAUUUACAAUGCUAUUACAGAUUGUUGGACUCAGGUGCACUUAGAGACAGGUGCCACUUUCUGUGCAGGAGGGAUUGCUGUAAGAGGAGGUGUUUGUGCAGUUGGGGGAUACUGCAGGGAUGCCACCAAAUUCACAGAUGGCAACCACACUCACUUGGAGCCUAUGGAUGCUACUGGCCGUGUUCUGUUUUUCAGGGAGGGCCGGGGAUUGAGUCGGGAGGGCAGUGGGGGAAGGUCCCCUAGUCCAGUUGUCUUCCCUGGUUUGCCACGGAGAAUUGCAGGUGGUGGGGUGGCCCGUUGGAAACGGCGAAUUUAUGUCUUGGGAGGGGAAAAUGGCAACCGGUUUUAUGACAGUGUUUAUUGUUGGAAGCCGGGAUGGAGAAGCUGGGUGCAGAGAAGGGAAAAACUGCCCAUAGAAACUGGUGGUGUUAGCCAGUUUGGCUGUACCACGCUCAAAUUCCCUAAGAAACACAUUCUCUCUCUUCUUCGAGCACGAUCUGAAGAAAACCUGGAAGAGAGUCAGAAGAGGAAUUUCCCCUCUCCACGAUAGUGUAAGGAACCACUUACAGGGAGUUUCAAGGGAUUUUUGUGGGCAGUGUCCAGCUCUUGAAGAGGUGCCAACUUUUAACUUAAAUUGAGUAAUGUCAAGCAGCACUAGAGGAAGAGCAGUCCAUUUAUCACACUCUAUUGGCAGUGUCCAGAGCUUGGGCCAAAGUUUAUAUUUUAAAUGCAGCAUCCAUCUUUGGAGCAUUUUCCUGUAUUUUGAAGGAUUUAUUUUUCUGUACCAAGGGAUUGGGAUUAACUGGAUAAAUCCUUGGAAGCAAUGUCUGUGCGCCUGGGGCUAGCAGUAUAAACUAUAUUAAGAAGCAUUGAUAGUGCCUCACAUGUAACCUGCCACAGCUGAAGGUCCUGUAACUUUUAUUUUAUGUGAUUUGCUAACCUUCCAUCACUGCAAACUGGCAUGCAGGAUUGACAUGGCACUUUAUGAAGGGUUGGGGUAGCUUUAAACUUAACUAGGUUUUUGAAAAUUGGGAGGGGGAGGCAAAUGGGGAUGGGAUGGAUUUGGAAGGCUGUGAAUGUCUGUUUUGAGUGUAAACCUGAGCAUAGCCAAAUCUGUCAGAAUAAAGGGGUAUUUUGCCUUUUGA